GUCAAACCCGACUUCAGGGGCCGUCGUAAAACUGUCGCCCUUCGUCUCUGGGACCGGCCACAGGUUCCCACUCGCCUCCGGCGGGGGGUCUGGAACUGCGGGUGUCAGAUUUCCUUAAGAUGGCGGAAGAGGAGGCUGGGGACGCAGAGAGGAUGGAAGUCAGCACGGAGUUGCCUCAGACUCCACAGCGACUGGCGUCUUGGUGGGAUCAGCAAAUUGAUUUUCAUACUACUUUCUUGAACCAUUUGGCACGAUUGGUGCCAGAAAUUUAUUUUGCUGAAAUGGAACCAGACUUAGAAAAGCAGGAGGAGAAUAUACAAAUGUCAAUAUUCACUCCACUGGAAUGGUACUUAUUUGGAGAAGAUCCAGAUAUUUCCUUAGAGAAAUUGAAGCACAGUGGAGCAUUUCAACUCUGUGGGAAGGUUUUCAAAAGUGGAGAGACAACAUAUUCUUGUAGGGACUGUGCAAUUGAUCCAACAUGUGUACUCUGUAUGGACUGCUUCCAGAAUAGUGUUCAUAAAAAUCAUCGUUACAAGAUGCAUACUUCUACUGGAGGAGGAUUUUGUGACUGUGGAGACACAGAAGCAUGGAAAACUGGCCCUUUUUGUAUAAGUCAUGAACCUGGAAGAGCAGGUACCACAAAAGAGAACUUACGCUGUCCGUUGAAUGAAGAGGUAAUUGCCCAAGCCAGGAAAAUAUUCCCUUCAGUGAUAAAAUACAUUGUAGAAAUGACUGUAUGGGAAGAGGAAAAAGAACUGCCUCCUCAACUCCAGAUAAGAGAGAAAAAUGAUAGCUACUACUGUGUCCUUUUCAAUGAUGAACACCAUUCAUAUGACCAUGUCAUAUACAGUCUACAAAGAGCUCUUGACUGUGAGCUCGCAGAGGCACAGUUGCACACCACUGCCAUAGACAAAGAGGGCCGUCGGGCUGUGAAAGCAGGUGCUUUUGCUGCUUGCCAGGAAGCAAAGGAAGAUAUAAAGAGUCAUUCAGAAAAUGUCUCUCAACAUCCGCUUCAUGUAGAAGUAUUACACUCUGAGGUUAUGGCUCAUCAGAAAUUUGCUUUGCGUCUGGGGUCCUGGAUGAAUAAAAUUAUGAGCUAUUCAAGUGACUUCAGACAGAUCUUUUGCCAAGCAUGCCUUAGAGAAGAACCUGGCUCUGAGAAUCCCUGUCUCAUAAGCAGGUUAAUGCUUUGGGAUGCAAAGCUUUAUAAAGGUGCCCGUAAGAUCCUUCACGAAUUGAUCUUCAGCAGUUUUUUUAUGGAGAUGGAAUACAAAAAAUUCUUUGCUAUGGAAUUUGUGAAGUAUUAUAAGCAGCUACAGAAAGACUAUAUCAGUGAUGAUCAUGACAGAAGUAUCUCUAUAACUGCACUCUCAGUUCAGAUGUUUACUGUUCCUACUUUGGCUCGACAUCUUAUUGAAGAGCAAAAUGUUAUCUCUGUCAUCACUGAAACUCUGCUGGAAGUUUUGCCUGAGUACUUGGAUAGGAACAAUAAAUUCAACUUCCAGGGUUAUAGCCAGGACAAAUUGGGAAGAGUAUAUGCAGUAAUAUGUGAUCUAAAGUAUAUCCUGAUCAGCAAGCCCACAGUGUGGACGGAAAGAUUAAGAAUGCAGUUCCUUGAAGGCAUUAGAUCUUUUUUGAAGAUUCUUACCUGUAUGCAGGGAAUGGAAGAAAUCAGAAGACAGGUUGGGCAACACAUAGAAGUGGAUCCUGACUGGGAGGCUGCCAUUGCUAUACAGAUGCAAUUGAAGAAUAUUUUACUGAUGUUCCAAGAGUGGUGCGCUUGUGAUGAGGAACUCUUAUUGGUGGCUUAUAAAGAAUGUCAUAAAGCCGUGAUGAGGUGCAGUACAAGUUUCAAAUCUAGUAGCAAAACAGUAGUACAAUUGUGUGGUCAUACUUUGGAAACUAAAUCCUACAGAGUAUCUGAAGAUCUUGUAAGCAUACAUCUGCCAAUCUCUAGGACUCUUGCUGGUCUUCAUGUGCGUUUAAGCAGGCUGGGUGCUAUUUCAAGACUGCAUGAAUUUGUGCCUUUUGAGGAUUUUCAAGUAGAGGUACUAGUGGAAUAUCCUUUGCGUUGUCUGGUAUUGGUUGCCCAGGUUGUUGCUGAGAUGUGGCGAAGAAAUGGGCUGUCUCUCAUUAGCCAGGUGUUUUAUUACCAAGAUGUUAAGUGCAGAGAAGAAAUGUAUGAUAAAGAUAUCAUUAUGCUUCAGAUUGGUGCAUCUUUAAUGGAUCCCAACAAAUUCUUAUUACUGGUACUUCAGAGGUAUGAACUUGCUGAUGCUUUUAACAAGACCAUAUCCAUAAAAGACCAGGAUUUGAUUAAACAAUAUAAUACCUUAAUAGAAGAAAUGCUUCAAGUCCUCAUCUAUAUUGUGGGAGAGCGUUAUGUACCUGGAGUGGGAAAUGUGACCAAAGAAGAGGUCACAAUGAGAGAAAUUAUUCACUUGCUUUGUAUUGAACCCAUGCCACACAGUGCCAUUGCCAAAAAUUUACCUGAGAAUGAAAAUAAUGAAACUGGCUUAGAGAAUGUCAUAAACAAAGUGGCCACAUUUAAGAAACCAGGUGUAUCAGGCCAUGGAGUUUAUGAGCUGAAAGAUGAAUCAUUGAAAGACUUCAAUAUGUACUUUUAUCAUUACUCCAAAACACAGCAUAGCAAGGCUGAACAUAUGCAGAAGAAAAGGAGAAAACAGGAAAACAAAGAUGAAGCAUUACCACCACCUCCUCCUCCUGAAUUCUGCCCUGCUUUCAGCAAAGCAGUUAACCUUCUCAAUUGUGAUAUCAUGAUGUACAUUCUCAGGACCAUAUUUGAGCAGGCAGUAGACCCAGAUUCUAACUUGUGGACUGAAGGGAUGCUCCAAAUGGCAUUUCAUAUUCUGGCAUUGGGCUUACUAGAAGAAAAGCAACAGCUUCAAAAAUCUCCCGAAGAAGAAGUGACAUUUGACUUUUACCAUAAGGCCUCAAGAUUGGGAAGUUCAGCCAUGAAUGCUCAGAAUAUACAAAUGCUUUUAGAAAAACUCAAGGGAAUUCCCCAAUUAGAAGGCCAGAAGGACAUGAUUACAUGGAUACUCCAGAUGUUUGACACCGUGAAGCGAUUAAGAGAAAAAUCUUGUUUAAUUGUAGCAACUACAUCAGGAUCAGAAUCUAUUAAAAAUGAUGAGAUUACUCAUGAUAAAGAAAAAGCAGAACGAAAAAGAAAAGCUGAAGCUGCUAGGCUGCAUCGCCAGAAGAUCAUGGCUCAGAUGUCCGCCUUACAGAAGAACUUUAUUGAAACUCACAAACUCAUGUAUGACAGUACGUCAGAAAUGUCUGGGAAAGAAGACUCCAUUAUGGAGGAAGAGAGCACCCCAGCAGUCAGUGACUACUGUAAAAUUGCUUUGGGUCCUAAACGGGGUCCAUCUGUUACUGAAAAGGAGGUGCUGACAUGCAUCCUCUGCCAAGAAGAACAAGAGGUGAAAAUAGAAAAUAAUGCCAUGGUAUUAUCGGCCUGUGUCCAGAAAUCCACCGCCUUAACCCAGCACAGGGGAAAACCCAUAGAACUCUCAGGGGAAACCGUGGACCCACUUUUCAUGGAUUCAGACUUGGCAUAUGGAACUUACACAGGAAGCUGUGGUCAUGUAAUGCAUGCAGUGUGCUGGCAGAAGUAUUUUGAAGCUGUACAGCUGAGCUCUCAGCAACGCAUUCAUGUUGACCUUUUUGAUUUAGAGAGUGGAGAAUAUCUUUGCCCUCUUUGCAAGUCUCUGUGCAAUACUGUGAUCCCCAUUAUUCCUUUGCAACCUCAAAGGAUAAGCAGUGAGAAUACAGAAGCUCUUGCUCAACUUUUGACCCUGGCACGAUGGAUACAGACUGUUCUGGCCAGAAUAACAGGUUAUAAUAUGAAACAUGCUAAAGGAGAAAAGCCAACAAUUCCAGUCUUGUUUGAUCAAGGAAUGGGUGAUUCCACUUUUGAGUUCCAUUCUAUUCUGAGUUUUGGAGUUCAGUCUUCGAUAAAAUAUUCUAAUAGCAUCAAGGAAAUGGUCCUUCUCUUUGCCACAACAAUUUAUAGAAUUGGAUUGAAAGUGCCUCCUGAUGAAAUGGAUCCUCGAAUCCCCAUGAUGACCUGGAGCACAUGUGCUUUCACUAUCCAGGCAAUUGAAAACCUCUUGGGAGAUGAAGGAAAACCUUUGUUUGGAGCACUUCAAAAUAGACAGCAUAAUGGUCUGAAAGCAUUAAUGCAGUUUGCCAUUGCACAAAGGAUUACCUGUUCUCAGGUCCUGAUACAGAAACAUCUGAUUCGUCUUCUAUCAGUUGUUCUUCCUAACCUAAAAUCAGAAGCUACACCUUGCCUUCUAUCUGUAGAUCUAUUUCAUGUUUUGGUGGGUACUGUGUUAGCAUUCCCAUCCUUGUAUUGGGAUGAUGCUGUUGAUCUGCAGCCUUCAUCAAUUAGUUCUUCCUAUAACCACCUUUAUCUCUUCCAUUUGAUCACCAUGGCACACAUGCUUCAGAUACUUCUUACCACAGACACAGGUCUCCCCCUUGCACAAAUUCAAGAAGAGAGUGAAGAGGCUCGUUCUGCAUCUUCUUUCUUGGCAGAAGUUUCUCAGUAUACAAGUGGCUGCAUUGGGUGUGGUAUUCCUGGCUGGUAUUUAUGGGUCUCGUUGAAGAAUGGCAUCAUCCCUUAUCUUCGCUGUGCUGCAUUGUUUUUCCACUAUUUACUUGGAGUAACUCCACCUGAAGAACUAUUUACCAAUCCUGCAGAAGGAGAGUACAGUGCACUCUGUAGCUAUUUAUCUUUACCCACAAAUUUGUUCCUGCUUUUCCAGAAAUAUUGGGAUACUGUAAGGCCCCUCCUGCAGAGAUGGUGUACAGACCCUGCCUUACUAAACUGUCUGAAGCAAAAAAGCGCCAUAGUCAGGUACCCUAGAAAAAGAAAUAGUUUGAUAGAGCUUCCUGAUGACUAUAGCUGCCUCCUAAAUCAAGCUUCUCAUUUCAGGUGCCCACGGUCUGCAGAUGAUGAGCGAAAGCACCCUGUCCUCUGUCUUUUCUGCGGAGCCAUACUGUGUUCUCAGAACAUUUGCUGCCAAGAAAUUGUGAAUGGGGAAGAGGUGGGAGCUUGCAUUUUUCAUGCCCUUCACUGUGGAGCUGGAGUCUGCAUUUUCCUAAAAAUCAGAGAAUGUAGAGUAGUCCUGGUUGAAGGUAAAGCCAGAGGCUGUGCCUAUCCAGCCCCUUAUUUGGAUGAAUAUGGAGAAACAGACCCUGGCCUGAAGAGGGGCAACCCCCUUCAUUUAUCUCGUGAGCGGUAUCGGAAGCUCCAUUUGGUGUGGCAGCAGCAUUGCAUCAUAGAAGAGAUUGCUAGGAGCCAGGAAACUAAUCAGAUGUUAUUUGGAUUCAACUGGCAGUUACUGUGAGCUCCAACUCUGCCUGGGGAGAAUCACGAAUGAAGACAGUAAUGAAGACUGAUUCAAAAUGAUGGAGACCUUAUUGAGGGCCGGGGAAGGGUUGGAGGGUCUUUUGCUCCGUGUCCAGAUUCACAUACAUCAAUAAAAUAUUCCUUAAUGGAGUAUUUCUUUCAAUUAAUGAACAUAUGCUUAAAGGAAAAAAAAAGAGACAUAGAUUAAUCUAUUUUAUGUUCCAGAACACUAAAGAAAUGCUUCUUCACCCCAAGUGUCUGAUUCUGCUAAUAGUUCCAGAAAACGUAUUUCCCUUCAUAAUCUGUCCCACUUCACUUCAUCCACCUGAUAAAUGAAGUCACAUCAA